UUUUGAACCGGUCGCCGAAUGUUGUCAUAUACAUAUUUGUUCUGAACAGUCGCAUUUUUAACCUCAUUGUUAACUAUUGUCCAUUCUCGACUAUAAAUUCAUCCAGCUGUUUCCACUUGAGAAGGGCUUGUCGUAAUUACUUUUUAAAUCAUCUUAUAUACUUCUGUAGUGGAAUAUGUCGUCAACUGAAGGCAAAGUUAUCACUUGUAAAGCUGCUAUUGCUUGGGAAGCUAAAAAACCGCUUGUCAUUGAAGAUGUGGAAGUAGCACCACCCAAAUCGCACGAAGUGCGAAUUAAGAUCGUCGCUUCCGGAGUGUGUCACACCGAUGCGUACACUUUAGGCGGAUUUGACCCAGAAGGAGUGUUUCCGGUUAUACUCGGGCAUGAAGGUGCUGGCAUUGUAGAGAGCGUUGGCGAAGAUGUGACUGCAUUCAAGGCGGGCGAUCAUGUUAUUCCGGUAUACAUUCCGCAAUGUAACGAGUGUAAAUUCUGUCGAAGCAACAAAACAAAUCUCUGCCAGAAGAUACGAAUUACACAAGGACAAGGUUUGUUACCAGACGGAACAUCGCGUUUCACAUGUAAGGGAAAGAAGGUAUUUCACUUUAUGGGCACCUCUACGUUCUCACAAUACACUGUGGUCGCAGAUAUUUCACUUUGCAAGGUUGAUAAAGAGGCACCACUUGAUAAGAUUGGACUUCUGGGUUGUGGUAUUCCUACAGGAUAUGGUGCAGCUAUUAACACUGCCAAAGUGGAACCAGGUAGCAUUUGUGGAAUAUGGGGUCUAGGCGCUGUUGGGUUAGCAACUGCUAUGGGUUGCCGAAAAGCUGGUGCAUCUAAAAUUUACGGCAUCGAUUUGAACCCCGAUAAAUUCGAAGUUGCGAAAAAAUUCGGUGUAACGGACUUUAUCAAUCCCAAAGAUGUGGCCGAUAAAGGACUAAUACAAAAUUAUAUAAUAGACCUUCUAGACGGUGGUUUUGAUUAUUCUUUUGAAUGCAUUGGAAACGUAAACACCAUGCGUGCUGCUUUGGAGGCGACACACAAAGGUUGGGGCACAUCUGUUGUUAUUGGUGUUGCAGCUGCUGGCCAAGAAAUCAGUACACGUCCAUUCCAGUUAGUUGUUGGUCGGACGUGGAAGGGUACAGCUUUUGGCGGUUGGAAAAGUGUCUCUGAUGUGCCAAAAUUGGUACAAGAAUAUUUGAGUAAAGAAUUGUUAGUUGAUGAAUUUAUCACGCACACUAUGGACUUGGAAGCCAUCAACGAAGCAUUUGAUUUGAUGCACGCCGGAAAGAGCAUCCGUUCAAUUGUAAGAUUGUAAAACAAUUAAGAGAAAAUGUGUAAAAAAAGAGAAUUAAAAGAAAAAUAACAGUAUCAAGAAUAUAAUCGUUUAACCUUUUUAUGUUUAA